AUGGACCGAUGGGAUGCACUAAACAACUUGUUCAGCAAGACAGGUUAUACCAUCUCAAAGGGAUACAAGAUAGAAGCAUGGGAAUUUGGUAACGAGUUGAGUGGAACUGGUAUAGGUGCAAGUGUUAGUGCUGAUACCUAUGCAAAAGAUGUGGUCAAACUUAAUGAAAUUGUGGAUGCGUUAUACAAGAACUCGAACAAGAAACCUUCAAUUAUGGCACCUGGAGGUUUCUUCGAGCAGGGUUGGUUUGCUAAGCUUCUUAAGAUUACGGGCCCUGGAACACUUAACACAGUAUCUCAUCAUAUGUACAACUUGGGAGCAGGUGUUGAUCACCACCUCAUUGAGCAUAUACUGGAUCCAUAUUAUUUGAGCAAGGUGUCAAAGACAUUCAGCAGCCUGUCACAAACCAUUCAACAGAAUGGUCCCUGGGCUUCAGUAUGGGUUGAAAAUCUGGUGGUGCUUUUAACAGCGGUGGGUUUCAUGUACUUGGAUCAGCUUGGCAUGGCAGCUGCAUACAAUACGAAAGUCUACUGCAGGCAGACCCUAGUAGGUGGACACUAUAGUCUGCUCAACACUACAACAUUCGUCCCGAAUCCUGAUUACUACAGGCAAGGGUGCUGA